AUUUUAAAUCUUGAACGCAGGUCACAGGUCUCACGGAAUUAAUUGUAUCGAAAUCCAAUUAGUCAAUUCUUAAAAAUCUGCGUUUACAACGACGGUCUACGACUUAUGUAGAUUUAAAAGAAACACACGUAUAUAUGCGUGUAGUGUCACGAUCGCAGCAAAGAAUUAUCAGCUGAUAAGUACACAUGUCCCUCGUGCUUAUACCAGUGCGUACGUACCGAGCACUGGCAGCUUGAUAAAUGUGAUCGAGACGUUUAGAUAUUAUGCGUGCAAACAGAGUACAGUACCAGUAUCCGUAUCGUAGCCACGACGAACGAAUCGCAGUAGCCGACGAUCAGUUUACGAUUUAUUGAUGUGUUAACUCACAAUCACACAUUGUUGCAAAGAUUUAUCAGUGAUCGUUCUGAAAUUAAAAAUUAACAACAAAGUCCAGGUUGCGCCGAGAGAAUCUCGUUUGUUUUUAAAUUGUGAAGCAAGUUAGUGAAAAACUCACAAAUUCUUGAAUAAGCAAUUAUCGUUUAUAUAACAUUUUCUCAAAAGAGAGAGAGAAUCGUCGCAGAAUUUGUUUAAACAUUUUGUCUGAUCAUGUCGCUCGCUUCCGAAACCUUAGACAAUAAUGGAUCAUCCAAGAAUUCUUCAAAAUCCUCUUCAAAUUCUAAUUAUCAUUCUGUCUCAAACGAAUUCCACACAGUGAUGAACGGAAAUGUUUCCACAGAUACUUUACGUGAGGAAACUACCAAUGGAGUUAAUAAAAAACUAGAGGAAAUAAAAAAAAAUAUGCUGGAACUUAACAAGAACAUGGAAAACCUACUAAACGAAAUAUCAAAGAAAAAGAAUGAAAUGUCCUUGAGCACGAUGAAAGAGCUGCUAUACAACGUGGAAAAGUAUCGCGACAAAAAACAAGGCAAAGACGGCGUUCUGCCGGACAAGGAGUUCCAGGAGAGAAACUCGCUGCUCACCGAACUCUUUGAGAUCACGCACAUUCGUACGAUUUACAAUUUAUUUAUGGUAUCCUUCAUAUAUUUGGCUCUUAUAACCGUCGUGAACGAUUUCCAGGAAACAGGAUGGUGGUAUCUCUUUGGAACCAAUACAAUACUGAAAGCCUUUGACAAAUUCCCGAUCUGCUUUGGCAUUUGGUGUGUUAUGCAGAUCUCGGCAGUCGGUGUCUACGUGGCUUUCAAGAUUUGGUCAGUUUAUCGUCUUCACCUCAUGCCAAAAUCUCUUCCGGUAAAAUUGUGGGAUUACAGCUGGCUUACACUUUUUAUAAUCUAUCAAGUUCUGUUUAUCAUUUUUCCGACCAAGAUGAUACUCAACGAGGAUCUCCCCAUAGCUUGCAGUGGAAUUGUGCUCAUGGAACAAAUACGCUUUAUGAUGAAAAAUCACGCUUUUGUCAGGAGUUCGGUGCCCAGAUUUCUAUCGUACAAACCUCACACUGAAGUCUCACUGCCAAUUUGCCCCGGAUUCUCGCAAUAUUUGUACUUUUUGUUCGCGCCCACUAUUAUUUAUCGCGACAAGUAUCCCAGAUUUAGGACAAAGCAAAUCAAAUGGAUGGUGAUAGUACGUAAUUUUGUUGAAGUUAUCCUUGUAAUCUUUUAUCUCGCCUUUAUCACGGAGCGUUUCUUAGCGCCGGUUUUUUCCGUCUUUGGCACGCGAAGUCUGGAUCGAGAGUGGAUCGUAAAAAACGUUCUCGAAGCCAGUGUCCCUGGCAUUAUGUUUUUCAUCUCCGGGAAUUAUCUUUUGUUACAUGCGUGGUUGAACGCUUGGGCAGAACUGCUGCAGUUCGCCGAUCGAAGGUUUUAUAUGGAUUGGUGGAACUGUACGUCCUAUCGCAAUUACUAUCGUACGUGGAACGCGGUGGUGCAUGACUGGUUGUAUACGUACAUCUACAAAGACAUGUAUGAGCACGUGACACCGCGCAACAAAACACUGGCUGCUUUUGCUGUGUUCUUCAUCUCUGCAAUUGUCCACGAAUAUAUUCUCGCGUUUAUGUUUCGAUUCUUCUACCCAGUUAUGUUUGUUAUGUUUGGAGGUUUGGGCUACUCUUUGACUUUUGUCGGCAAAGUAACUGCUGCUGGUAACGUUUUCAUGUGGUUGAGCUUCUGCCUUGGCAACGGCAUCAUGUUUAGUUUCUAUGCAAUGGAAUACUACGCACGGAUAAAUUGCUUACCACGUCCCAGUUACUACUGGGAUCUUUUUCUGCCACGAAGCUGGGACUGCCAACCACUUGCGAGCUUUCGUGCGAGUGGAUAAAUCUUUUCUAAGAAUAAUUUUGUAAAAUUUAUUUAGUGUACACACACGCGCGCGCACACACACACGCGCGCACACACAUACACACA